GAGGAGAGAGAUGGAGGGGCGUCCAGUCCGCGGACAAGCUGAUCGUCCGUCUUAUUAAGCGUGCUCGAGGGGCGUUGCCGCUCGCAAUUUUUUUAGGCCACGCCCCCUCCUCUUUGGCAUCCCCACAGAAGGUCUAAAGUGAUUCCUCUGGGAAGGAAAGAGUGCAAACCACGCAGGCUGGAGCCGGAGCGUAAUUGCGGUUGUUUGCGUCGUCUGAACGGGGGGAAAGACGUGAUGUCACCCGGUUGCCUCUUCUUCUUCUUCUUCGCUUGGACUGUUUGUUGCAAAAAUUGACAUUUUUUUUUAUAUCAGCUGCGGUUUUGCUCCCUCCGCCCUCCGCGUGCCUUCCACACAAGACAAGGUGCGUUUUGACAGCUCGUCUCUCCUUUCCCACAUGUGGCAUCUUUUGUUCACUUUGAGAAGCGGGAGCGCGACAAAAGUGAAAUAGUGCGCGCCAGGAGGAGUUGGAGCGAAAGAGAGAAAGCGCGCGCUCGCCAGAGAGAGAGAGAGAGGUGCGUUUUGAUGUUCGGCAUCCACGACAGCAUCCACAGGAGUGGGAGUAGUAUGAAAGAAGAGCCCAUGGUGGCCGGCAUGAACGCAGUUCGGACAUGGAUGCAAGGCGCCGGAGUGCUGGACGCCAACACGGCCGCGCAGAGCGGAGUGGGUCUGGCCCGGGCACACUUCGAGAAGCAACCGCCUUCCAACCUGCGAAAGUCCAACUUCUUCCACUUCGUGCUGGCUCUAUACGACCGCCAGGGUCAGCCGGUGGAGAUAGAAAGAACCACCUUCAUUGACUUCGUGGAGAAAGAUAAGGAAACGACGGGGGAAAAGACCAACAAUGGGAUCCAUUAUAGACUUCAGCUCCUCUACAGCAACGGAAUAAGGACAGAACAAGACUUGUAUGUUCGGCUUAUCGACUCCAUGACCAAACAGGCCAUCGUCUAUGAAGGCCAGGAUAAAAAUCCCGAGAUGUGCCGAGUUCUUCUCACCCACGAAAUCAUGUGCAGUCGGUGCUGUGACAAGAAGAGUUGCGGCAACAGGAACGAGACCCCGUCAGACCCGGUCAUCAUCGACAGGUUCUUCCUUAAGUUCUUCUUGAAGUGCAACCAGAACUGCCUGAAGAAUGCAGGGAACCCUCGAGACAUGAGGCGUUUUCAGGUGGUUGUGUCGACUACGGUGAGCGUGGAGGGUCAUGUCCUGGCCGUGUCUGACAACAUGUUUGUGCACAACAACUCCAAACACGGGCGUCGAGCUCGAAGAUUGGACCCCUCGGAAGGCACACCGUCCUACCUGGAACACGCAACCCCCAGCAUCAAAGCCAUUAGCCCCAGCGAAGGUUGGACCACAGGGGGCGCUACAGUUAUCAUCAUCGGGGACAACUUCUUUGACGGACUGCAGGUCAUUUUCGGCACCAUGUUGGUUUGGAGCGAGCUGAUCACCCCACAUGCCAUCCGAGUACAGACACCACCCAGACACAUCCCCGGGGUGGUGGAGGUCACGCUGUCCUACAAAUCCAAACAGUUCUGCAAAGGCACACCUGGACGCUUCAUCUACACAGCGCUGAACGAGCCGACCAUAGACUACGGCUUCCAGAGGCUACAAAAGGUCAUCCCCAGACACCCCGGAGACCAGGAGAGAUUACCCAAGGAGGUAAUCUUGAAGAGAGCAGCGGACCUGGUUGAAGCCUUGUACGGGAUGCCUCACAAUAACCAGGAGAUGAUCCUCAAACGAGCAGCAGACAUCGCGGAAGCGCUCUAUACGACUGUGCCGCGAGGGCACAACCAGCUCGCCGGGCUGGGUAGUGGAUCCGUCCACGCGGGUAUGAUGGCCGUCAACUCCUUCACCGGGUCAGAAGUGGCUCAAACAGCCAAUCAGGGUUUCAGUAGGAGUACAAGCAGUGUGUCUCCUCACGGUUAUGUCCCCAGCUCCACUCCCCAGCAGAGUAGCUACAGCUCUGUCUCCACUAGCAUGAAUGGCUACGCUAACUCUGGCAUGGCAACCUUGGGCACCUCGCCCAACUUCCUCAAUGGAUCUGCAGGCAACUCACCGUAUGCUAUUGUCCCGUCCAGCCCAACCAUGGCAUCGUCAACCAGCCUGCCCUCCAACUGCAGCAGCUCCUCCGGCAUCUUCUCCUUCUCCCCGGCUAACAUGGUGUCGGCCGCCGUCAAGCAGAAGAGCGCCUUUGCCCCCGUCGUGCGACCCCAGAACUCGCCGCCUCCCACGUGCACCAGCGCCACCGCUAACAGCCUGCAAGAUCAGUCUUUUGUGGACUCCAGCAAGUACUCAUCAGCCAGCUCUCUGCAGGGCCUGGCCUUCUCCUGAACGAUUCCGGGGAUGAUCGUUCCUCCCAUGUAGAGGGUCUGGAAAAGGGGAAGAACACGUCACAGUCGUAGCUGGCGGAGCUGAAGGGGAAGGAGAAACGCUUCAAAACUCAGGCCUUUCCACUGGGAUCUUAUCUUUUUUUUGCCACGUGAUUUAUUUCCCUUUUUUUUUUUGGUUGAAUUGUUGUAGCUUCUCUGACACCCGUUUUGGGAUACAUAGUUUGCCCCCUCAUAGCGUGACCCCAGUGACCUCACGAGAAGAGCAUAUAUGUAUUUUUAUGUUGAACUAUGGAGGCCCCAAUCUGUCUUAUAGCAUUGGAAGCAGCACAAUAUAUAUAUUGUAUCCCAUCAUGCAUCUCUUCCUCCCUCAAUGCUGUCCUGCAAAAACUGUGAGCUUGUCAUUCAAAAACCAUGAGAAGAUUGGCCAAAUUGCUGUUAGUAAAAAAAAACAAAAAAACUUGAAAAGCCUGAAGAUGAUGUGUGCGUCCAGCCAGCACCGUACUGAUGGAGUCGAGCAGAAUUACAAUACAAGCGUGACAUAUGUGAUAUAUUUUUGUAUAUAUAUAAAAAAAAAAAGGUGAUUUUCUUUUGGGGGGGCUUUUUUUUUUUGGUUUGUUUUUGCAAUAGCUCUAGUUUGAAAACAUGAAAUGUCUUAAGGCAGCUUCUCAGUACAGAAGUACAGUCGGUGUUUUGCUAGAACAAACAAGGAUUUGGAUACAAAACGGGGAUUUUUGUGUAAAAAUAUCCUAUAAAUAAUGUAUUUAUCCCUUGGUAUUUGUACAUGGCCUUUGUUGACUUGUGUUGUGAACAUACAUCAGCGUGUGUUUCUCCCGUCUCACUGUUGUCGCUCACUAUUUAAACCUGUUUUUGUUUUGUACGUGACUCACCAAACCACGCCAUUGUCUAUUUUUGUAUAAGUUAAUAAAACGUGUCUGUCUUUUUGUUUUUUGUUUUGUUUUCUUAUGAAAAUGUUUAUGGUAUGACAAAACGUAGCAUCUUAUUCAGAGUAUUUGGUUGAAGUAGUUUUUUUUGUUUUUGUUUUUUUAAAGAAUAUAUACACAUUAAUAUAUACUGUAAAUCUAUAUCUUUUUUGUUUGGUUUUUCAGAUUGAUACUGUUAAUAUGCAUGGGUUCUUCUCGUGUGUGUGUGCGUGUGUGCAUCAGGAGAGCUACAUGUUGUUGUUUUUCUUUCUCCAUGUUAUUUAUGCCUGCGUCCAUACUGUAUCUUGACCCACUCUUGUUUUCUGUCACUGUAAUCUUUACCAGCAGUCUAGAUGCCUUAACAAUGCAAUCCCAUUCAUCAUUCAAUCACAUGUACAGUUUUUUCUAGUCCCGCCACAAUUGUCUUUUUUGCCACAGAGGAAUUCAUGGGAACUUGAACAGGGGGAGGGGGGGGACAAAGCACAAACUGGAAGCCACACUAGAAAACAAAGAGCCAUAAUUCAAAAACAAUCCAACGUAUGUACAAAAGUGCCACAGCAAUGGCUUUUUAUUUCCAUCACGUGUUUCACCUUAGUGAGCUUUUUAAUUGCAGUUGGACGUAAAGUAGCACAGGGAAGCGCUGACAUAGCACAAUUUGAAUCCCUCACAGACACUAGUAGCCAAUCUUCACCUCAUGUGUCCACCGGCUUCACUACAAUAUAAACAGGAGCUAAUUUCUCUAGUUCUUAGUUGUGUUUUUUUUUUUUUUUUUUCCGUUUAUUUUCUGUCUGUGUGUGUGCGUGCGUGUGUGUGUGUCUUUGUGUGUGUGUGUUUGUGUCUUCAAGCUGUAGCUGGGACAGACAGACAUAUAAUUGGGGUUUUUCCUCUCCUGGUUUUGUUAAGCAUUUAAACACAGAGGCGCUUGUGUGUUUUCAGGCACUUUGUUUCUUAGGUCAUAUCACUUUCAAAGCUCUUUUGUCGUCUCCACUAAAAAAAUAAAAUAACAAAAAACUUCUUCUGGAUAUUGAUAAGGUUUUGUACAACACAAAUGACAGAUGCAAACCAAAUAGCUGGUGAAUAUUUUUUUCCUCUGAUUUUGUUUUAUUUUUUUUAUUUUUAUUUUUUUUUUGUUGGUCUUUGACUGCAAAUACACUAAAAAGCUCUAAGAGAAGAAAAAAAUCUACUGUAUAGAUUGUAUUGUUUUUGAUGAGUUGUAAAAUAACUUUUGGACUCUCACAAUGUUGAAUUAAAGUUACCUCUUGUCUGUGA